AUGUCGUUGAUGAAUAUUGCAGGAACACAGUCAGUGGAUGACCCUGAAUACCGCUACAAGAUGCCAAAACUACAAGCCAAGAUUGAAGGUCGUGGCAAUGGAAUUAAGACUUUGGUUGUCAAUUGUGCUGACAUUGCAACGUCACUUCAUCGCUCUACUGCUGAAGUGUGCAAGUUUUUUGGCUGUGAACUUGGUGCUCAGUCAAAAUACGAUGACAAGACCGAUCGUGCGAUUGUGAAUGGUGCUUUUGAGGCUGGUAUGAUGCAGCAACAUUUGUCCAAGUACAUUGAAGGCUUUGUGCUAUGUCCUGAUUGCCGUCUACCGGAGACGAAAUACAAGUUUAAAGGUCAAUUGAUUUUUCACAAAUGCUAUGCUUGUGGAGCCGUGAAACCGGUGGAUAUGAACCAUAAGCUUACGACGUUUAUCUUUAAGGAACACACUGCUGCAAAACGUAGCAGCAAAGAUGAUAAGAAGAAGAAAGAUAAGAAGGAGAAGAAGGAGAAGAAGGACAAGAAGUCGCACGAUGAACCUGAAGAUGAAACAACCGGUACGAAGGAAAAGAAAGAAAAGAAGGACAAGAAAGACAAGAAAGACAAGAAAAAGAAGCACCACAAGGAGAAAAACUCUGAUAAGGAUGUGUCGGGUGCCGAGAAUGAUGACGAUAAGGUGGUGUGGCACACGGACCUGUCUGUUGAAGCUGUGGCAGCUCGUGCUGCAGAGGCUGAGGCCAUUGAAGCUGCUGCUGCGGCCGCUAUGCAGGCUGCAGCGGCGGAAGAAGUCGUGGCGACGCUGGACAACCUUCAGGUGGAUGACGAGAACGCUCUGGACUCAGCUGUGUCGAACGUGAAGCGUUUCCUGUCGGAGAGCCACUCGGAGACGGAGAUUUUCGAGGAAUUGUGCCGCCAGCAGACCUAUUCGGCUCUACCCGUCACGGACCGUCUUGUGAUCUUUUUCCGCUCUGCCUUCACGGAGCAAGUGCUGGCGAGCAAUCAAGUGGCUAAAUACGCGCCUGUGCUGGAGAAAAUUAUCGAUGGUCAGCACUCGCAGUACCAGCUGAUCGCACUUGUUGAGCAUUUCUGCGCCGUGGAACACCAAGAAUUGCUGACGUCGUAUCCGAUCCUGUUGAAGCUGCUCUAUGACGAGGAUUUGUUGGACGAGGAAUGCCUCGUGUCUUGGGUUCACAACGGCGUCCGCAAGGAGUACGCACACUGGGCUGUCAAGGAUGAGCUUGCUGCGAAGCUGAAGGCUCUAUUGCAGCCAUUCAUUGAAUGGCUGGAGAACGCUGAAGAAGAGAGCGACGACGAGUAA